AUGGAUUAUUCGAAAUUAUUCCCGCUGGCCGUGCUGCUUCUGAUAGGGCUUGCCAGCGAAUGUUCCGCGCAUGAAUGUUACGUUUGCUCGAAUCAAACCGGCAACACGGAAAAGUGUCUCAAUACGGUAAAGAUAUGCCAGCAGGGUGAGGAUGCCUGUCUGACCGAGAUCCGUUGGGGCAGCACACCGUACUUUUCGCUCGGUGCCCAGAAGCAAUUCUACGUCUCGAAACGGUGCGCGAAGAAGGAGAUUUGCCAGCGCAUCCGAACCAAGCAUAUGCCGUACUGUACGCACAUCUGGUACGAAGAUUGGACCUGUUCCGCUUGCUGUCUCGGCGAUCGGUGCAACUAUUAUGUGAUCAGUGCUGCACCGACGGUAACGCUAUCGGCACUGCUCGGAACGAUGGUCGCGCUUGGUGCGUUGCUGCGCAGCAUUAUAAGCAGCUGA